CUGGAAUCUGCUACUCCCUCCUUACUCAACAGUGUUUCCUUCCGUUUCUGGUCCCAGGUGUGGCGAAUGGAGAGCUAGUAUGGUCUGGGCAGAUGGAGACCAAGAGUGAGCAUCUUACACUUCCCUGACAUCACUGGUAAGACUUCUAAACUGCUCUGCCUGGCUGUGGACCACUCACAUCAUUCACCUGCCUGCAAAGUGCCCAGUGGCUCUGCCUCCUCUCCCAGCUCUCUUCCUGAAGUGCUUCUUGGACUCAGAGAGCACAUUCUCCUAGACUUCCAGAAGCCGGAGCCAGGACAUGGACUCGAUGGCUAUUGAAGAUUUGACCGUGGACUUUUCCCAGGAAGAGUGGGCGUUGCUGGAUCUUUCUCAGAGGGAGCUCUACAGAGACGUGAUGACGGAAACCUUUCAAAACCUGACCUCAGUAGUUUCUCGAAAUCUUGAUGAUGGAGAAAAGCUGUCCGCGGAAAACACAGUAGUCCGAUUUAUGAACAAUGACAUCUGGUGCUCCAUGGUUGGCCAGAUCUGUGAAUCGAAUGUUAUUGAGGACAUGGAGAACAAUCCGGACACAUGUGUGAGAAAAUAUAUGGUAGCGAAUGUCUGUGAAAGUAAUGAAGACAAUCAGUUUGAAAAGAUCUUCAACUGGAUCCCAAACCUUUCCGUACUUGGGAGAACACGCGUGGAAGCGUACCCUGCGUACCUUGAGUGUGAACAACCCUCCACGGAGCGGCAUGCCGGCUCUGGUUCUGAAUGCAGCAUCUAUCAGUGUAAGGGUUACGGAGAUGCCUGUGGUUACCCCUUUGACCUCAGCACCCCCGUGAGAACCCUCCCUGGAAAGAAGCCCUUUGAGUGUAAGGAGUGUGGCAAAUUGUUUCGUCAUUCAUCAAACCUCAUCAUACAUUUUAGAAGUCACAGUGGAGAGAGGCCGUACAUAUGUAAGGAAUGUGGCAAAGCCUUUAGUCAGUCUUCAUAUCUCACUACACAUAUAAGAAUUCACAGUGGAGAGAGGCCUUAUGUAUGUAAAGAAUGUGGCAAAACUUUUAAUCGAUCAUCACACCUAACUGCACACAUAAGAAUCCACAGUGGAGAGAGACCUUAUGAAUGUAAGGAGUGUGGCAAAGCCUUUCAUCAUUCCUCAAGCUUCACUAGACAUAUGAGAACUCACAGUGGAGAGAGGCCUUAUGUGUGUAACCAGUGUGAUAGAGCCUUUCGUUACUCUGCACACCUCACUAGACACCUUAGAAUGCACAGUGGAGAGAGGCCUUAUGAAUGUAAAAUAUGUGGGAAAGCCUUUCGGCAGUCUUCAUACCUUACUAAACAUCUGCGAACACACAGUGGUGAGAAGCCUUAUAAAUGUAAGGAGUGUGGCAAAGCCUUCGGUUGGUCCUCAAACUUCACUAAGCAUAUUAGUACUCACAGUGGAGAGAGGCCUUAUGAAUGCAAUGAAUGUGGGAAAACCUUCAGUCACCCCUCCAACCUCACUGUCCAUCUAAGAAGGCACAGUCGAGAAAGGCCUUACGAAUGUCCAGAAUGUGGCAAAGCCUUCAGUUGGCUGUCACACCUCACCACGCAUCUACGAACGCACAGUGGGGAGAGACCUUAUGAGUGUAAGGAGUGUGGCAAAGCCUUCAGUUGGUCCUCAAACUUCACUAAGCAUAUGCGUACUCACACUGAAAAGAAACCAUAUAUCUGUAAGGACUGUGGGAAAGCUUUUCAUCAUUCCUCACACCUGAUUAGACAUGUGAGAACACACAGCGGAGAGAGGCCCUAUGAAUGUAAGGAAUGUGGCAAAUGCUUUCGGCAGUCUUCAUAUCUCACUACACAUAUCAGAAGUCACAAUGGAGAGAGGCCUUACGUAUGUAGGGAAUGUGGGAAAGCCUUUUGUCAUUCUUCAGUCCUCACUAGACAUAUGAGGAUUCACAGCGGAGAGAAGCCCUAUGAAUGUAAAGACUGUGGGAAAGCCUUUCGUUGGUCCUCACGCUUCAUGAAACAUGUGCAAACACACAGGGAAAAGCAGCCUUGAGUAAGGAUCGCUUCAUAUAUAUAGUACUAUAAUUUCCAACACAAAAUUGCUGAAAGUCUCGAGAGUACAAAAUAUCCCAGUAAGUAAAACACAGAAUUGGAAAGAAGGUGUUAAUUGGAGCUAGUUUGUGCCUUUGGAGAAGUAACCGUGUUAGAUGACUAUUCAUUUGUCUGUUGGCACUGAUUUCUCCUGGUUUGUGAGCAGUGGCACAGGUGUUUUUCAGGCCAGGCUAAAUUUUACCUUCUUUCUGUAUCCUCUGCCACCAUAGCAUCUGAAAAAGCCUGUGGUGAAGGGGAGCAACAAAAGCGGUCUGAAAGUUCACCCUUGGUGGCACCCACCCUAUAAAAAAAUAGAAUUGUGGAUACUGCUGAUUUUUUUGAGCAGUUUCUUCCAGAAAGAAGCCAGGUGAAUGGGAAAGCCGGUUAUCUCAGGAGAGGGGUUGUAACCAGUGAAAGAAGCAAGAGCAAGAUUACUUCUGUGACUUCCCAGGUGCCUUUCCCAAAAGGUAUUUGAAACAUCCCCCAAAAAAUAUUUGAAGAAGAUUAAUCUAUGUGGUUGGUUGAAUGUGGUCACCACAUUCAGGAGUUAGGAAUUACAUUAAGGAAGUUAGGAAUUACAUUACUUCCAACUUAACCAGGAUGAAGAAGGGGAAGAAGAUGAGGAUUAAAAUUCACUUCUCGGGAAAAUUUUGUAUGAGUGUUUGAAUAAAACUUGGGAUCGAAACAGAUAGCUGUCCUUUUAUCUCUGCAGCAUGGAAGACGAGACACUGGGAGGCCCAAGCCCCACAUGACUUCCACUCACUCCUGUAACUUGGGAAAAUGGCAGUUCUCAGUGUAGUGAUUCCAAACUAGAUAGAUGUGCCUUGUGACCUCAGGCCACUGCUGAUCGUAGGACGCUUGAUGGGGAGAUGUGGACAGGGAGCUACAGUUAAUCACGAUUAUGAAAACUUUGACCAUUUUACCUGAUUCUUUUCUCCAAGAAAGACGGGAACUUCUCGUUCAAUUAGAGCAAAACAGCGGCUGCUUCUGAGGGGUGCUUUUUGUGGGGCAACUCAGGUGUCAAUAAAGAUGCAACUUUCCGGGGCGUUUGUAUUAUGAACACUUGAAGAAAGCUAACAAAUUACUCUGUAAAACUUGGGUGUGUUUCCCUUUCCCCUUUUUCUCCCGAUAGAAAUGUGACCCAAUAGAAGUGUGUGUGUUUUUUAAUUACCUUCUUAAAAUCUUUGAGCAUUAACAGUUAGGCUUCCUUGAAUACCACUGAGUAUAUAUGACGUUUGUGAAUUUUUUAAACCUUAAUUUGCAUGCAAUAAAGUUUACUGAUCUUGUA